AUGCAGUGGUCAAAUGUAGAUGAUAUCUGUAUCAUUGAUUUUAUGGACUUGGGUCACCGCAGUAACAACAACAACUAUACGUAUAGUGGAGUUCGAAGAUCAACUGAAGAUGUUGGUGUUUCUAUCUUUGAUUUCAUGAACACGGGUCAUGACAACAUGGAAAAUGACAGAGUUUUAAGGUCAAUUGAAGAGGGUGUUUAUAUCAUAGAUUUUGUGAACUCAGGUCACAACAACAACAACGUGCAAAACAAUGGUAGUAGAAUUUCAAGAUCAACCGAAGAUGGUGUUUUUAUCUUUGAUUCCAUGAACUUGAAUGAGAUCCAUUAUACAGAGAAUAAUGUUGGAGUUUUAAGCAUGAACCUUGCAAACCAUGACUCUGUUAGGAAUCUUGAAAGUUUCACAGUUGAAGAAAAAACAGAAGACUCUUGUUCAAUUUGUCUCAUGGAACUUUCAUUUGGAUCAAGAGCAAUUCGCAUGCCUCACCCGUGUUCUCAUAUCUUUCAUCAACACUGCAUCACAAGGUGGCUCAACAUCAGUCACACAUGUCCUCUAUGUCGGAGGACCAUCUAG